AUGAAGAUCUUAAGCUUGGCAAACAUUCCAAUCCUCACUGGUGGAAGCAACUACAAAAAAUGGAGAAGAGAUAUCAAUUUGAUGUGGACUCUUAAUGAGUUUGAUAUAGCAAUUGAUAAUCCCAAGCCUAUUGUCAUUGAUCAAAGCACUAGGGUUGAGAAAUCAGAUCAUGAAAGAUGGACAAGGGCUAGUAAAGUGGCACUUUCCAUCUUGGAAAGUGGGAUGACUGAUACUAUCAGAGGAGGAAUGAAGAAACUACAGCUAGCUGUGGAUUACUUGACAGCAAUUGAAAAGAAGUUUAAGGAGUUUGAGAAAACAGAAGUAAGUCAAUACAUGUCCUUGCUGACUACAUACAAAAUUGAGGGCAUUGGCUCCAUAAGGGAUCAUACAAUAAAGAUGACAGAUACUGCUGAGAAAUUGAAUUCCAUGGAUGUAAACAUCGGUGAGAUGCAGCUUGUGUUCAUGAUUCUUCAGGCCCUUCCCACUAAGUACAGUUAG